AUGAGAUUCUCAUCUGCUUUAUUUGUUGCACUUUCUGCCUCUUUGGCGGUUGCAGUUCCUGUUAACUCGGGGACUGAAGCAGCCGCUGAAUGGUUCGAUAAAGCCUACUCUGAGAAGCGUUCCCCUGAGAAGGAUGCCGCUGCUACUGAAUGGUUUGACAAGGCUUACUCCGAGAAGCGUUCUCCUGAGGAAAAUGCCGCUGCUACUGAAUGGUUUGACAAGGCCUACUCUAAGAAGCGUUCUCCUGAGGAAAAUGCUGCUGCCGAGUGGUUUGACAAGGCCUACUCUAAGAAGCGUUCUCCUGAGGAAAAUGCUGCCGCCGAGUGGUUUGACAAGGCCUACUCCGAGAAGCGUUCCCCUGAGGAAAAUGCUGCUGCCGAGUGGUUUGACAAGGCCUACUCUAAGAAGCGCUCCCCUGAGAAGGAUGCUGCUGCUGAGUGGUUUGACAAGGCCUACUCCGAGAAGCGUUCCCCUGAGGAAAAUGCUGCUGCUGAGUGGUUUGACAAGGCCUACUCCGAGAAGCGUUCUAUUAAGGAAAAUGCUGCUGCUGAGUGGUUUGACAAGGCCUACUCUGAGAAGCGCUCCCCCGAGAAGGAUGCCGCCGCCGAGUGGUUUGACAAGGCGUAUGAGUCGAAUUAA